AUGCACCAUCCUGCAGCGGAAGACGAGCAAGAGCGCUUGCCAUGUGCCAAGGUGGUAGCCGCCGACGAGGCAGCGUCGCUGUUCCAUGCCGCCGCGCGACGCGGCCAGCUGGAGCUCCUCAGGUCGCUGCGCUCGAGCGUGGCCGCUCUCGACAUGCUCAAUGAUGAUGACAACACGGCGCUGCUCCUCGCCGCGUCCCGAGGCCAAUCGGCUGUCGUCGAGUACCUCGCAAUGGAAGGCGCGAGCGUAGAGACAACGACGCGAGAUCACUGCACGGCGCUGCUGGUCGCGGUGCGAAAAGGCCACGUUGGCACCGCCCGCCUUCUCUUGCAGCUCGGCGCCGAUACCGAAGCUCGCAACAAGGCGGGCGAAACGGCACUGGCGGUCGCGGCCAAGUAUCAGCACGCGGCGCUCGUCGAGCCCCUCGUACAACACGGCGCCGACGUCAACGCCGUGCCUAUCAAGCAUCUCUGCGCGAUCGUGCGACGCGCUUCGGACGCCGCGCGGAUCAUCGCUGCCUUUCUCAACCCAAAUUGGUCGCUUCAGCUCAAGGAGAGCGUACUUGCAUGUGCUUUUUUGUUCGACAAGCCGGCCGUCGCCUCGGUUUUGAUUCCUGUGACACCGCUCGACCGCGUCCACAAGGUCGGUUGCUGCGAGACGCGCCGUGCUAAAAUGCUGCCAUUCGAUGGCGACGACGAGCGGCAGGCGUGCCUCUUGCUCUUGCUGCAGCACGGCUUCAACCCCGAGCUGCGUGAUCGGGAAGGCAGCACGGCGCUGUCGCUUGCGAUUGCAGCGCAAAAUGUGUGGGCUGUCAACGUGCUGGCAGCGUACACGGACUUGACGUCGAUCGAUGGACUCGGCCUGACGUACUUGGGCCGCGCAGCGAGCCGCCCAGCCAUGCUCGCGCUUUUGCUGAACGCUGGCGCCGACCCCAACGCCCGCGAUCCCAUGGGCCGCACGCCGCUGUACCAUGCGAUUCAAAAAGGCAACCUGCGCAGCGUCGAGCUGCUGCUGCCACUGACAACAGGCGCCAAGGACCACCGAUUUACCUGCCGCCGGUCGUAUUUCGAGCUGGCGCUCGCAAGCGAACAUGUCGUCGUGACGCGGUAUCUGUACGUCCAUCUCUUCUCCGACGGACCGCCGCCAUUGACGCACGCGCUCUUCUUUCAGCCGUUCGCGAUGCUCAGCGUGCCACGUCAGCGCUUCUUUUUCUCGCGCGUCGGCUGGUUUCGCCAUGCGACGUCGCCGCUGGCGCCUAUGGAAACCGCGUACAUUGAUGCGCUCUGUGCGAUCCUCAGCGACCCGACGUGGCCAUCUCGCCGCACGCUUUUGUGUCCAGAAGCAUUAUUGCCAACCGACGCGCAGUCGCUUCUCCAGGCCGAGCUUGGCGGCCUGUCGCCGGCACUCUUUCUGCACCCUGCCCACGGCGUCGCAGUCUCGGAUGCGCACCUCGGGUCAUGGGACGCACGUCGUUGGCGGGCGCUUCUGGCGCCACUCGCCACGUCGCGCGCCAUCUCUGGCCACGUCCAGGACCUUGUGAGUCCGAGUGUCGGCUGCGGCGUGGUUGGGCUCACGCAAUGGCGCGCGUCGCCGCACGGGCUGCGCUUGAACGGCGGCAACCUGCUCUCGUGGUCGUCAGUCGUGCCAUCCGAGUGGCAGCGCCAUGUCUCGGAACACUUUCAGUGGCUGCCGACCCCGGUGCACGUCGAUGCAACGACGGACAGGGCGAGGUUUACAUCGUACAUCAACGACCUUGACCCGGGGCACACGCAACUCUACGAUGCGCUGGCCGCGACGCUGACGCAGCUGUUGCCGCUCUUUGCCGUCAGCGUGCACACGAUGCUGCACGACGUCCCCCGCCUGCAACGCACGCGCCAUCUACCCACGUGCGAGCUGGUGCGCCGCCUGUAUCGCGCCCGCACCACCGAGAAGCCCACCUCGUCCAAGGUGCGCCGGUGGCAGCGCCAGCAAGCAGCUGCGGGCGUCGACUUUGAAGCGGUCGCCGCGAGGCCGCAGUUUGUCGACAAAUUGCCGUCUUCGCCAUUUGCAUCGAUGCCGCUACCCCCCGACCUCCUCGUGCACGUCCAGAUCACGACGCUGCAUGCGACGCCGACCUUUCCAGGCCAGAAGUGGACCAAGGGCUCGGGUGUGGUGAACGAGUUUGUGGUUGCGGUCGGCGUUGUCUGCUGCGAAAGCGACAACGUAGCUGACGUGGCCAUCGAGUUUGCCCACGAGCUUGCGCCGCCCCGGUCGACGACCAAGGGUGCUGCAUCACUGGCCAGCCCACAGCUUCAGAGAACGGGCUACAUGGGAAUGACGCCGGGUCGCCUCGUCUCGAUCCCGACCUCGGGGGUGUACCGCAUCGCGCCAUUCUCUGCAGCCGACGAGCGCGCGCCCGGACACGUGACGCUCGUCACCUACUACCUCGUGCACCCGGACGCGAGUCUGCUCUCGACAGCACACGUGUUUCCCCAGCACAAGGCGUGGUUGCGCCGUCAUCUUGUUGGCACGCGACUCGACGACCUCCCCGAUGGCGUUCUUGACGAAGUCCUGGACUUUGUCGGCUGCGGCUUCUUGUGCGACUCGGAGCGGUCGGCGAUCGCAGCCGCCGACAAGCAAGUGCGUGCACAGAGCCUCGCCGCCUACCAGUUGCCGACGGCGAUGCUCUAA